UGUUGAGUUACCAAACAGUAUAUCUAUCUUCGAUCGAUGCAAAGCUGCUGCCAUGCAUGGCGUUAAUGGUGGUGUUGGUCCAGUGGGAGGAGGAGGAGGGAUGAGGAAGACGACAAAGGGAAACGGCGGAGGAUCCUCUUUAACUUAUUCGGUGUUCAGUUUCUCCGACAGGAAGUCACGCGCUCCCUGCCUUUACUCAAUCCCCGCCAAUAAAUGCGAGAACACAGAUUCUCCCCGCAUCGACCACGAGAAUGUGGCUCAACUUCGUAUAAAAGAUUAAUGCUCAUCGAAAAUUGAUGUCCAUGGGGAGUUAGUAUGACUAUAUAUUAAAUCUCUCUCCUUAGCAUAACUAUAUACUCCACCUACCAGCUGAUCAUACUCCUGUACUUUCGCCCUGACUCCCUGAGGGUGUUCGGGAUUCACCGGAACAUCGAGGAUCGAGAAAUGUGGGGUUGUAGAGGUUGUGGAGGACUCGUGGCGGCAGCUUUGCUGCUGUUGAUGGCUGCUGAUGAUGUCAAGCGCCAUGUGCUGGGCAGCGCUAGGGAGCUGAGGCCGUCCGACCACGGGCUGGCUUAUCAAGGCAGUCCGCCUGCAGGUCAGCAGUCUCCCCCUGAAAUGGUCACAUUCUUUGGGGCGUCGUCUUCUUCUUCACCGUCAUCUGCUUCGGCUCCUCACCCGCCCAGCGUGGCACUCCCUCGGGCCAUGAACUCGAGUGACGCUGCACUGUGGUCGCAGCAGCAGCAACCGGAGCAGCAGCAGCAGGAGAAACCACCUUCGUCGUCGUCAAGAUCGAGAUCAUCGGAUCGGGCGAUGAAGGAGGGGCUGCUGAUCGGCAGCCUGGUAUGCGGAAUCUCCGGGGUGGCUUUACUGGCGGCCUCUGCGUUCAUCUUCCUCUUCUUCACUGCCAAGAAGCCGAAUUCGCCCCUUCCUCCUACCUCCUCUGCCUCCGCCGCUCAUCCUCCUUCUCCUCCUCAUGAUCAUAACAAUGCAGUUUCAUGUGUUCCCCCAGCCACCUAAUUAGAUCAUUUCUUUUUUUCGUAUUUUCGCGCUUCAUUGAACUUAACCACAUCAGUAGCCGAGUUCCGGCUUUUACUAUGUAGCUCCUUGCUGUAAUCAAACACGACUAAGUUGCAGAUUAAGAUGCGGCCAUGUACUUAUUGCUUAA